AUGAGUUCUUUCCGGUCGUUCGUCUGGGAUCCGAUGCUCCUGAUCAGCCAAAUGGUCUGUAUCCAGUCGAUAUUCUACAUGACUGUCACAUUCCUGUUGAUUUUGUAUAGCUUUUUCGGCUACGACCCCGUUCUCAGCACCAUCUUUUCGAACCAGGUUUUGAAUGUUUGUUUGAAAAUUAACUCAAGUUACUUUUGCAACAAAGCUUGAAAUAUGAAAAUGAAAGAUUCAAGCUAACUUAAAUGCCGUUUUAAUUUUCAAUCCGGAAAUAUCGAAUUUUUGGAUUUAUUUUCUAGAAAAACCCCUUCAUUUGUAAAUUAAGACGUUGAAAAUGGCUAAUUUUUCCAUUCUCUAUCCUUUAUUAAUCCGCUCAUGCUAAUCAGGUGUCUCAACGGGCGUACCCAUAUUAAUCCCGUUUUUUUAAAAGGCUAUUUGCAUCUCAAUUAGGCUGAAAUAGGAGAAAAACGGGUGCAAGAAGGAAUGAGGGCCCAGCUGUGUUUAUUUCAAAAAAAAGACUCAAAUGUGCUGAAACCGUUUUCAUACGGGUACGCCCGUUUAGGCUCACUGCCAGUAUAAGAGCGGGCUUAAUGCGGGUACGCCCGUUGAAAUCCCAUAAUGCAACUUUUGGCAUGGUUUUUCGCACAACGGAUACAGAUAAUUGCCUUGAAAAAUACGGGCCCCAUGCGGAUACACCCGUGUAGGCUUAUGUCCAAUGUAACAGCGGGCUUUCAACGGGUACGCGCGCUGAGAACUUUUGAUAGUAGGGCUCUUAGGACUUCUGGCAUUUUUUUAAAGCAAAACUGAGACGUGAAUAGCAUAAAAAUAUGCGGUUACACCCGUUGAGACCCCAGGAUAGCAUGAGGGCGGGCUUUAAACGGGCACGCCCGCUAAAAUCCCGUGAUAGCAGGGCUGGUAGAACUUUGGAAAUUUGUUAGCAGAACCGAGACUUAAGAGCGUCAAAAAUGCGGGUACACCUACUUAGAUCCCUUGGCAGCAUGAUGGUGGGCUUAAUAGGGGUAUGCCCGCUAGAAUCCCGUUUCAGCCCGGUUGGUAGAACUUGGGGGAUUUUUUUUAGAUCAACUGAGACUCAUUUAGCCUCUAAAAAUGCGGGUACACCCGUUGAGACCCCAGGAUAGCAUGAGGGCGGGCUUUAAACGAAUACACCCAUUAAAAUCCCGUGAUAGCAGGGUUGGUAGAACUUGGGGCAUUUUUUUUUGGCAAAACUGAUAAUUGCGUGCCCUCAAAAAGUACGGGUACACCCCUUGAAACCCUGGAUAGUAUGAGAAAGGGCUCAAUAUGGUACGCCCGCUAAAAUCCCAUCAUAGCACGAUUGAUAGAACUUAGUGGAUUUGUUAGUAAACUUGAGACUCUUAUAGACUCCAAAAAUACGGUUACACCCACUAAGACCCCAGCAUAGCAGGAGAGCGGGAUUAAAACGAGUACGCCCGCUAGAAUUCCGUGAUAGCAGGGUUGGUAGAUCUUGGGGGGUUCGUCAGUAAACUCGAGACUCUUAUAGUCUCCAAAAAUGCGGGUACACCUACUUGAAUCCCUUGACAGCAUGAGAGCGGGCUUUAAACGGGUACGCCCGCUGAAAGCCCCUAAUAGCACGGCUAGUAGAGCUUUUAGCGUUUUUCAGCACAACCGAGACUUAAAGAGCAUCAAAAAGUACGGGUACAUUCACUAAGAUCCCUUCGCAGCAGGAGAUCGGGAUUUAAACGGGUAUGCCCGCUGAGAAAGUGGGAUAGUACGGCUGGUAGGUCUUAGGGCAUUUUUUAGCAGAACUGAGACAAAUAGCUUAAUAAAACGGGUGUAAUGAUGAUACACCCGUUGAGACCCGUGAUCCUGAGAGCGGGCUCAACACGGAUAUGCCCGCUGAGACAGAGUGAUAGUACGGCUGGUAGAACUUUGGGAAUAAUUUUAGAGCAACUAAGACUCAAAUAGCCUCUGAAAAUGCGCCUGUUGAGAUCCCUGGCUAGCUUGAGGGCGGGCUCAACACGGGAACGCCCGCUAAAAUACGUGAUAGCAGGGUUAGUAGAACUUGGGGGGUUUGUCAGUAAAUUUGAAACUCUUAUAGCCUAGCCUUUAAAAAUACGAUUACACCCACUUGGAUCCCUUGGCAGCAUGAUAGUGGGCUUAAAACGGUUACACCCGCUGAGAACCCGUUUCAGAACGGUUGGUAGGACUGUUGGAAUUUGUUUAGAACAACUGAAACUCACUUAGCCUCUAAAAAUACGAUCACACCCACUAAGAUCCCUUGGCAGCAUGAUGGCGGGCUUUAAACGGGUAGACCCGCUGAGAAUCCGUUUCAGAACGGUUGGUAGAACUGUUGUCAUUUUUUUUAGAACGACGGAGACUCACUAGCCUCUAAAAUUACGGGUACACCCGUUGAGACCUCUGCCCCGAAUCAGAUCGGGCUUAACACGGGUACGCCCGCUGAAACAGCGUGAUAGUAGGGCGGGUAAAACUUAGGUUGUUUUAAAGCAAAACUGAGACAAAUAGCCUCAAAACAAGUUUAAUGCGGGCAUACCCGGGAGAUCCGUAUCCAGCUUGAGUGAGGGAUUAAAACGGGCCCACCCGCUCAGAUCCCUUGAUAACAGGACUGUUAGAGACGGGUAGAACCCUGGGCGAUCAUGAGAGCGGGCUCAAUACGGGUACGCCCGCUCAGAUCCCGUAAUAGCAAAGCCUCAUAAGCAUAAGACUCGACUGUCAAAAUACCGACCUCAAAUUCGGAUUCCAGGCCUCCCGUCUGAUGGCGAUGUGCCAAGUGGCUGGCAGUCUCGUCUGCGCCUUCGCCCUCUCGGUCGUCGUCCAAAGGGCCAAGCAAUGUCUCGACUUUGCCUGCACCCUUCAUUUCUUCCAUCUUUUAAUCGUCGUCGCCUUCAACCUAUCUUUCCCGUUUCAAUUGUCCUGGUGGCUUUUGCAGAUCCUCAGUUGUAUUGUUUGUACUGUAGGCGGGGAAUUCCUGUGUAUGAGGGCCGAAUCUCAAGAAAUUAAGCUCGAGGGGGGACCUUCUAAGUAUGACCUUUGA